GAGAGAUGAUCAGAUGCUGACAUCGAAUCAUCUCACAUGCUUGAUGGCUUUGUAAUAUUAAAAUCUGCUACGGGACAAGUAAGAGCUCCAGGUUCAUAAAUUAUUGCUGAUUAUAGCUUGUAAAAGUUUGACAUUGGAAUUCCUUCCGUACUUAUAUAAGCACGAUCUUCCUUUGCUUCUUUCCAAGUUAAACAACUCUUUUGCUUGCACUUUCUCCACCCACUACCUCCAUAUCCACUUUCUUUGGAGAGCUAAGUGGGCGUGGAUUCGAUGUCUCACUCAAAAAAUGAGGAAGUUGAAACCAAAGAAAUGGACAUUAAAAGCAUGUCAUCCUCUCGGCGUUACGUGCACAGUGCACGUUAUCUUCACAAGGUGGGAGUCCCCCCUAAGCAAAACCUGUUCCAGGAAUUCAAAGCCACUGUGAGAGAAACAUUCCUAGCUGAUGACCCACUGCGUCCCUUCAAGGAUCAACCCAGGUCUCGAAAGUUCGUCCUGGCAACGCAGGCCAUCUUCCCAAUUCUUGAAUGGGGAAGGAGUUACAGCUGGAGAAAAUUUAGGGGUGAUCUCAUUGCUGGACUCACUAUUGCCAGUCUCUGCAUUCCUCAGGACAUUGGUUAUGCAAAGCUAGCAUACUUGGAUCCACAGUAUGGACUUUACUCCAGCUUUGUUCCACCAUUGAUUUAUGCCUUCAUGGGAAGUUCAAGAGAUAUCGCCAUUGGACCAGUCGCUGUGGUAUCUCUUUUAUUAGGGACAAUGCUUUCAGAUGAGCUCGACCCUGUCCAAAAUAAACCCGAGUAUCUGCGGCUUGCAUUCACUGCUACCUUUUUUGCAGGCGUCACUCAAGCAACUCUUGGUUUUCUUAGGUUGGGAUUCUUGAUUGAGUUCCUUUCUCAUGCUGCCAUCGUCGGUUUUAUGGGCGGAGCUGCUGUCACAAUUGCCCUCCAACAGCUUAAGGGACUUCUUGGUAUAAAAAAUUUUACUAAGGAUACAGACAUUAUUUCGGUAAUGAAGUCUGUAUGGAGCAACGUCGAGCAUGGAUGGAACUGGCAGACUAUAGUCAUUGGAGUUAGCUUUUUAUCCUUCCUUUUGUUUGCGAAAUACAUUGGAAAAAGGAACAAGAAAUUCUUCUGGGUGCCUGCUAUAGCUCCAUUGAUAUCUGUUGUUCUCUCCACCUUUUUCGUUUUUAUAACACAUGCAGAAAAGCAAGGAGUUGUGAUUGUGAAGCAUAUUGAAAAAGGAAUCAAUCCCUCAUCUGUAAAUCAAAUUUACUUCACUGGUGAAUAUCUUGUUAAAGGCAUGAGGAUUGGUGUGAUAGCUGGUAUGAUCGCAUUGACGGAAGCUGCUGCCAUUGGAAGAACUUUUGCUGCAAUGAAAGACUAUCAAAUAGAUGGAAACAAAGAAAUGGUGGCACUAGGAACAAUGAAUAUCGUUGGUUCCAUGACUUCCUGUUAUAUUGCCACAGGUUCAUUUUCUCGAUCUGCAGUUAAUUUCAUGGCUGGAUGCGAAACUGCAGUCUCAAAUAUCGUUAUGUCCUGUGUUGUAUUUUUGACCUUGGAAUUCAUAACACCUCUUUUCAAGUACACCCCAAAUGCUAUCCUGGCUGCUAUCAUUAUAUCAGCUGUGGCUGGGCUUUUGGAUUUUGAGGCAGCAAUUCUGAUAUGGAAGAUUGAUAAAUUUGAUUUUCUUGCAUGCAUGGGAGCCUUUCUUGGAACAGUCUUUUCAUCGGUUGAGAUUGGCCUCCUAAUUGCUGUCAUAAUAUCCUUUGCUAAAAUCCUCUUACAAGUUACUAGGCCUCGAACUGCUAUUCUUGGGAAGCUCCCUGGGACUACUGUGUAUCGAAAUAUCCAACAAUAUCCUGAAGCAACUAAAGUUCCAGGGAUUUUGAUAAUCAGAGUUGAUUCUGCGAUUUACUUUUCCAACUCUAGUUAUGUCAGGGAGAGGAUAUUGAGAUGGUUGAUGGAUGAAGAAGAGCAAGUAAAAGCUGAAUGCCAAUCGACAAUCCAGUUUUUGAUAAUUGAGAUGUCACCUGUAACUGACAUUGACACCAGUGGAAUCCAUGCCUUGGAAGAACUACACGGUAGUCUCCAGAAAAAGAAUAUUCAGCUGAUUCUGGCAAAUCCGGGACCAGUGGUGAUAGAGAAGCUUCACGCAUCGAAUUUUGCGAAUUUAAUCGGGGACGACAAGAUCUUCCUCACUGUUGCAGAUGCAGUGUCAUCAUGUUCUCCAAAACCGGUCCAAGAACAAGUAUGAACAUUUUAAAAACAUGAUCCUUAAACUAUGACUCUAUAAUGUACAUAUAUAUAGUAAGAGGGGAGGUGCAUAUAAUUAAUAAUGAAGGUUUCGAUUAUGAGAA